AUGAGGACCUUUUUCCUGGUCUUGCUCUCUCUUCUCCUCUCCGUGCAGGCGAUGAGGGACCAGUCGAUCGCCGUGAAAGGACGUCUUGUUUGCGGAGACAAACCGGCCGCCAACGUGCGGAUCAAGCUCUGGGAGGAGGAUUCGGGCCCGGACCCGGACGAUCUUCUCGAGGCCGGCUACACCGACGCCAACGGAGAGUUCGCGCUGUCGGGAGGAGAAGCCGAGUUGACGCCGAUCGACCCGAUCUUCAAGGUCUAUCACGAUUGCGAUGAUAAGUUUAUUGUGCGUGACAUUUCGUGCGUGUCAAUUUGCGAGUUUGCUUUCAGCCGGGCCAUCGUAAGGUCAAAUUCCUGAUCCCGAAGAGCUACAUCACGCAAGGAAAGGUGCCGAAGAAGACGUUCGACCUGGGAGUCCUGAACCUUGAGACCAUUUUCCCGAAGGAAGAGCGUGAGCUCAUCGUCUCGAGAAGACGUCGUCACUACAAGAAGGAGUACUUUGCCGACGAGGAAUAG